UGUCCAUCCCCAAGGCCCAGUUCCCGAAGUUCGACAAGCUCCGGGAGACGGCCGUCGAGGCCUUUGGCCACGACGUGAAGCUCUUCCGGCCCGCGGACCGCGACGACGGCGACGACCCCUGGCUGCCCAUCAUCCGCCUCAUCCAACAAAAACAACGAAGCGCCGCGCCCGAAACCGAUCCCGGCGCGCCCCGGGGCCCCGACGCCGCCGCGCCGCCGCCCUUCGAGCCGCCGAAGAACACGGAGGUCGACGACGACCUCGGCUGGUACGCGUGCCUCAAGGCCUGGGACGAGCGCACGCGCGCGCGCCACGUGUUGAAGGCGACGGAGUUCUCCGACAAGUACGCGGAGACCGUGGGCUGCUACGGCUCCGUCCACGUGCCCGACAGGGCAGCAAAAGAGAGCGAAAUUCCCAACUUCAAAGGCUCCGAUCUCGGCCAUUUUCCACUCGUGCCCGACGCGGAGAUCGUCAAGUGCCUCGACGCGACCUGGGAGUUCGCGCACCAGGUCGACAACCUGCCGGGCGUCACGGACAAGCUGCUGCGCAAGCUCGCGGUGCUGGCCAAGGUCUACGUCUCCGACGACGUCCUCGUCGCGGGCAUCCGCGCGGCCUGGAAGCUGCUCGAGCUGCGCACGCCGAGCAAGAUCGCGGAGCGGCUCGUGGAGAUGGGGCUCGUUAUGUCGCUGCUGACGCUCCUGCGGCGGGGCCUGCCGGACGCGGCGCGCGACGGCGGGACCGUCGCGGCGCGCGAGCGGUGGAACUCCAUCGUCGCGAGGCCCGCGGCGUCCAAGGCCGGCGCGGGCGACGGCAAGGCGCGGCGCGCGUCCGUGUCCGGCGCGUCGGAGUCCGGGUCCGCCGUCGCGGAGCGCGGCGCGGCGCC